GUCUACCUGUCACUUCCUGCUGUCGGUAUUUAUUCAUUCGCGUUUCUUUUCUGAAGUCCCGAGACGGUGUGGGACGACUCGGACCCGCUUAUAUGAAUUCGUCUAAUGAAUCCUGCGCAGUUUGUGUCUUCCACAGACCAAGCGUUGCGACCUUGGCUUCAUGUUCGGCUUAAAAGAGGACUAACCCCCGUGGACGUUAGUGGGAAAACACCGCUCUGGUUUGAUGAACCUCCGUGGCUGGACUCUCUUCAAAUUGGACCGGAUUUGUCGUUGGAUGAAUGCAAGUGCAGCUGCAGCGCGGGGUUGUGGCCGGAGGAAAGGCAUGGAUAAGUUAUGUGCAUCACCAAGCUAGAGGCCUGUGUCGCCGUGACGAUUGCGCCGCCCCUCUGUGAGCAUGUAUCGCAGGAACGGGCUCUCGGAUGGCACCAGCAUCAAUUCAGUCACCUCAGAGGUGAGCAGCAGCUCUGAUUCUCUGGAUGGCUCCUGUGUGGACUACGCCAAGAGUUAUGAUGCCGUCAUCUUUGAUGUGCUGAAAGUCACUCCGGAGGAGUUUGCUAGCCAAAUCACUCUGAUGGACGCUCCUGUCUUCAAAGCGAUACAGCCAGAGGAGCUGGCCAGCUGUGGGUGGAAUGGAAAAGAGAAGCAUAGUUUGGCUCCCAAUGUGGUCGCUUUCACUCGCAGGUUCAACCAGGUCAGCUUUUGGCUGGUGAGAGAGAUCUUAACUGCACAGACACUGAAGAUCAGAGCAGAGAUAUUAAGUCAUUUUGUCAAAAUAGCAAAGAAACUGUUGGAGUUGAACAAUCUUCACUCUCUGGUGUCCGUGGUGUCAGCCCUGCAAAGCGCCCCCAUCUUCAGGCUCAGCAAAACCUGGGCGCUCAUCAGCCGAAAGGACAAAGCCACAUUUGAGAAACUAAACUAUCUAACAUCCAAAGAAGAGAACUACACCCGCAUGAGAGAGUACAUUCGCUCUCUAAAAAUGGCGCCAUGUAUUCCAUACCUUGGUAUCUACCUGUUGGACAUGAUCUACAUUGACUCAGCUUAUCCUGCGUCUGACAGCAUCAUUGAGACGGAGCAGAGGACCAAUCAGAUGAAUAACCUCCUGAGAGUCAUCUCUGAUCUACAGAUGUCCUGCAAAUAUGAUCACCUUGUGACUCUUCCUCACGUCCAGAAGUAUUUGCUGUCCGUUCGCUACAUCGAAGAGUUGCAGAAAUUUGUGGAAGACGAUAACUUCAAGCUUUCCCUGAAGAUAGAACCUGGCAACAGCUCCCCUCGCAUUGCCUCCUCCAAAGAGGAUUUGGCCGGUAUGUCAGAGGUGUGUGCCUCACUGAGGUAUAACCGAAGGCCCACCUGUCCUGACGCCUCUGUAGGGGUCCGGAUCCCCACACCUCCCCCGUCACACCACAGAAAGAGCCAUAGUCUCGGAAACAACAUGAUGUGUCAGUAUGGCAUGUCAGAGAGCAGAAGUGCAACGUUUCCUAUCGAGAAAGCUCGCCACCUGCUGGACGACAGCUUUCUGGAGUCUCAGAGUCCCGUGAGGAACGAUCCGCAGAGCACGUCCGUGUCCAACGGUCUCUCAUUAGGCAGCAGCGAGAGUUCGUUCACUGAAGAACUGUCUCCCGGAAUGGAGAGGGGGCGCAUGUACGCCACUUUGGGUCCCAAUUGGAGGGUCCCACCUCGCAACUCCCCGAGAAGCCGUAGCUACAUUUUCAGCUCCUCUGCUGGGAACUCCUGCUACGGCUGCAGUGAGUCAGGCGGCGUCGCCAUCGAAGGACCACUCCGGAGAAAAACACUUCUGAAGGAGGGACGGAAGCCCAAAUUGUCGUCCUGGACACGGUUCUGGAUCUCGCUGUCUGGUUCUACACUUACUUUUUAUGGAGCAAAAUCCCUGAGAGCCUCUGAGAGGAAGCAUUACAAGUCCAGUCCUUGUAAGAAGGUGUGUGUGACUGGAUGGAUGGUGGUUCUGCCAGACGACCCGGCCCGACCCAACAUCUUCCAGCUCAAUGAUCCUGACAAAGGGAAUGUUUACAAGUUCCAGACUGGAUGUCGGUUCUCGGCGAUCAUCUGGCACAAGAACCUGGAGGAGGCGUGUCGGAGCAGCAGACCUCAGAUACCAGCAAACCUCAUGUCGUUUGAGUGAUGAGACUUGAACCAGCAGGAAGUUUCAGUGCCAAACCCACCUGUGUGGGACGUCACUAUCAAACGAGGCAACUCUCUGGAUGUGGAUGGGAUCCAGACCUCUGACUCUCACCGUCACCGCCGCCAACGUGGAGGAGCCAUCGCACGUGAUGUCUGUGAAAAUUGUCGGUCGCGCCUUUUUUUCCUUCUUCUUUUCUAAGAUGUGCUGUCCGUCGUCACGCUGCUGGGCGGUUUUGGCGGGAAACAUCUUUUUUGGGGAGCCACUUUUAUACGACCCUCAUGUGGUCGCACCUGUGAAAAAGACGGCAACUAGACAGUGACUUUGGACGUCCGUUUCAACACAUUUCAUUGGCAUGAAGGAAGUUCCACCUGAACAUUAUGAAGGAACGUCAGUAGUUCAGCCUGGCAACGUCACUGACAACAAAACACCGACGAGAGUGUCGUCCUCACGCUGCUGCAGCUGGUAGUUCUCCCACAAAACAUGUCAGCUUUACGAACAACCACUGCGAAGUUUGUUUUCUACACUUGAUACCAACAUCUCAAACGUAACAGAUGGUGUGUGUGUAAAUAUUGUAUUUAUAUUUAAAAGAGUUUAUUUUUCUCACAGCCAGCCAACUGAAGGGAAUUUAUUGAUCGUGUUGAUGGCGCGCUCCUUGCUGGGCGUUUCUGCGUUACGACUGUAGGUGGACAGCCACCCUAAAAAUGAGGUUGUAGGUAACCCUGCGACUUUGAUGCUGCGACGUGACCUGACUCGAGUCAGUGACAGUUUAGACCAUCUGCCCUCAUCUCUGUCAGCAUUUAUUGAGUUGAACCCCAAUUUGUCAUUGGUUUUCAACACACUGCCGUCUGACACUGACGGGAAACCAAAAGUUCUAGGGAUGUUGUCGUAUAUUCAAUGGUGCACUUUAAAAAUGACUUUUGUAUGGGAAGUGACAGCAUUACAAAGAACCCCGCAUGUGAUUCGCUCGACUGCUUAGUAUCCGAGAGCUACACUUGUAGUAAAAUGCUUCUGGAAUGAGCCUCCCAGGUGAUUCCUGUGAACUGUUGCGUGGUGCACUAUGCUAUACUGUGUUGAAGUGAGCGCUUUUGAAUGGGUGUGAGUUGUGAGACUAGACUCUUUGCUGCUACACGCUUCUGACUGAUUUGAAAGGAAACAAGAGGCAAUCCAAAUGUUGCGGUGCAUUAUGGGAGUUGUAGUCACCAGGCGCUCCGUUCAUAGUCGACGUAAUGAAACGGUGUCGUAGACCACACAAAAUCCUAUCCACCAGAAGCUUUCUGAAAGAGUCAAAUUUGAAUUCUGCAUCACCAGCAAAUAAAGAGAUAAGGAGUCAGUGUUAGGUGUGAAGAAGCCCUCCCUGCUGGCAGAGAUGAGUCCUGACAUUUGAAACUGGAAAACAAGCGAAAGUAAAGCGAAACUCCAAAUAUGUGACGUGAACAAACGUGUUUAUAGUGUAAAUUUAUUUGUACAUGAAUUGAUAUUAUGUCUAAAUAACACAGUCAUUAAUUUUCACCAUUUCUACUGUAUGGUUUUUUUGUGUGGUUGAACUGUGGUUUUCCUUGGACUGCAACUACUCUAGUAUUAUCGGCCUGCAGACGGCUGCAGACUUUUAUUUCUCUCAAUGUAGAUGUUUACUGACAAACUCAGCAAAUUGUUCUGCCAGUCGCUGCUGUACAUAUGUAUCCUCGAGCAAAGCUUUCUGCUGUAUGAAUUUACCACUGAACAUCGGUUCUGUUGUUAAGCUGAGGUAUUGUGAAGAGAGCUGUCGAGCCUAAAGUAAUGUGAUGUCAUGCGAUUUAUUCUAGUGAUUAGCAUCACUGGAGUUAUGUGUCAAUCAUCUGAGCCCAUUUUCCUUGUCUUCAUAUUCCAGUGUUCAUAUCAAUCAUUUCAUAUGAUCUUUGUUGUCAUACGUACGUGUCAAAUGAAAGUCUUCAUGUGAAGUUUGCACCACAUCACAGUGAAACAUGAGGUUUUUUCAAAUGUGUGAAUGAAAGUGACAUUCUUUUUUAAGUAAAAGUAUUUUCCUCUGUUUUGGAUUUUCACUGCAGAGUUUUGUGUUAGCUCCGCUAAUAAUGUUGCCAAAACCAGUAAGAAUGAUUUCACGACUAAUGGAAGUGCAGAGCAGCUUCGUUUACCGAGUCUCCAACUGAUUCUGACAGGUUUCAGUAGCAAUCAAAGUGUCGCCACACAUUUACAACCAGAAACUAACAAGUGUCUGUUAUGUUCGGAGCAUAAAGAUUCAAGACAUCAACGGUGACAAUCUUUCACCGAUCGUUCUUGAUUCAGCCGAAUGAGAGCAGGAAGCCUGAGUAGUGUGUCCCUCAUAUACAGGUUACUUCAUGGCUGGACACUAAGAAACACAUUGAGGAGCAAUGAGUCAUACACAGACUGGCAGGUUGGUACUGUUCUCACUCAGCUGUUUUGAAGGGUUGCAUGUACGAUUUCCUUAUGUGCAUUUCCUCCAGUGGAAUAGCGCAGGUGCACAGACGACCUUCUCAGAGUGGAACUUGCUGCACCUCUGAGUGACAUGUUCUAGUCUUGUGAGUCCUCGUGUCGUUCUCAGCGUGGCACAUGUUGUUCUCCAUGGAACAUUAGCCGUGAGCAUUUUCCAGCAUAAUCAGCAAUAAGAAAAAAAAAUGUCCCCAUUCUUACCAUAUUCUUAAGUAUGGUAUGAAACUCAUUCAUCUAUCUAAAAAAAAAAAGUGUCAGGUCAGCACUAUUAUUACAUUUUGAUCUCACUAAAAUGUGUUAUCUUGUCUGAGCAGGAAACCUGGGACACGUGACUGAAUUGCUGCUUUCAUUAGGUUUUUUUGUUGUUAUUUUUGUUGGAUGUUUGUGUCACACUUACACUAUAACCACCUGCGUCUUAUUUCUGUCCGCUUUGUUUCUGAUCUGUGUGAAACAGCGCCUCCCAGUGGCUGUACAAAGUUAAGACGUGGUCAUAAUGUAAUGGCUCUACAUUUAAAAUGCUGUCAUUCACAUUUUUUUACAUAUGUACAAACGUUCCAAAGGACUGAAAGUUAAGUUCAUAAUGGAAGCAGCUAAUAGGUUUAGUCACCAAACAUGUUGAUUUGAUUCUCAAACCAUGAAACCUGAUUUGUAUCAUCUGACUCAUGCUGUUGUCACAAAUCAAGUCCAUAAAAUCUACCGUCGGAAUCAAUGAUGAGAAAUUUGCACUUAAACUUGCUGUUGCCAGACAGUGGCUACUUCUGCGCCGGCGACAGUCCGACUCAUCGGUUUUGUUCGGUGGGACGCUGCAUGUGACUUAGCCAACGGUUUCCUUGUGUGUCGUUGCUGUGCAGUUCAACACCGAGUCUGUGGUGCACUUCAUGUUCAAUAAUUGUUUCAUCUCACGCCGUCGCUACGUGCUGCUGUGUUUUUCAGCUUCAGACUCUGCGAGCUGCGAAUAAAAUGUCCUUU